UCCUGUAGGGUUUUUCUUGUGCCUUUGCUCAUCAUGGAUAACAUUGAGGCCAUCAUUCUUGUGAUCCUGGCAACCCACAACUUGGUCCGCCUACACUUGCACCGCGGUGGCAUCGCUGCCCGGGCCCGGCGCACCAUGCGGCGUGUAAUGGCUAACCACAUUUCCUUGCUGCACCAGCUGCUCCCCGACAUUUGCCCCGACAACGAGACCAGGUUGAUGGUGGAAGAGCUCAACGCUGGCCCCCAUCGCUUCUGGUCCCGCCAGAUCAGCCAAGACUGGUGGGAACGGGUCGUCCUGGAGACCUGGGACCCCAACCAGUGGCUUCAGAACUUCCGCAUGACCAAAGACACAUUCCUGGAGCUCUGUGAGGAGCUGCGGCCGGAGCUGCAACGCCAGACCACCACCAUGAGGGCCCCGCUGAGUGUGGAGAAGCGGGUGGGCAUCGCCCUCUGGAAACUGGCGACCACCGAGUGUUACCGGUCGGUGGCCAGCCACUUUGGAGUCGGACGCUCCACUGUUGGAGAGGUCUUCAUUGAGGUGUGCCUGGCCAUUGAGAAGCUUCUCUUCAAGAAGAUGGUGGCUCUCGAAGACCCCAAAGAGGUUAUGGAAGGAUUUGCAGAAAUGGGGUUUCCUAGCUGCGUGGGAGUCAUGGACAGGACACACAUACCCAUCAUCUGCACUGUUCGAAAGGGAACCAGCGUCAGCCAGAAGGGAUUCUUCCCGAUGUCGAUGCAAGGUACGGUGGACCACAAGGGCCGCUUCAUUGACAUCGAACUCAGCUGGUGUGGUAAAGAUAAGGAUACCUCCUUCUUCCGAAACUUGGCCCUGUGCGAGGCAAUGGACCAAGGGUCAUUUGUACCUGGGAAUCCUACGAUGACUAUCGGCGGUGUAGAGAUUCCUGCACUGAUCUUGGGUGAUGAGACCUAUCCCUUGAAGAAGUGGCUCAUGAAACCCUUUACUGAUAACCUCAACCCUCAGAAAGAACUUUUCAACUCCCACCUGAGGGACUGCAAGAAUGUGGCCGAACAUGCCUUUGGACGGUUAAAGGGACGGUGGAAGUGCCUGGCCACCCGUUUGGAGGUUGCAGAAGAGAACAUUAUCCCUGUAGUGGUGGGAUCCGUUGUGCUCCACAACAUAUGUGAGAAUCGGGGGCAUGCUUUGAUUGAUGGGCCUUGGUCCCAGGAUGGUGUGUGGGACCAAGCCCCUGAGGGACACUUGAAAUUCCCAACAUCCCCAGAGGACGCUCAGGAUGGGAGCCUGGUGAGGGAAGCUCUGGCAAGCUAUUUUAUGAGCAAUUCCUAGCUAACUGUAAAGACCUUGAAUAAAAGACACACUCGUUUCAAAUACACACUUUGGAGGAAUUCAGAUGACCAUUUGCUCUGGGAGAUAUGACAGCCAUCAUGUGAGGUGAAUUUGCCACUCCACCACAGCCCCAUGUUUCUGAUUGGAUAUCAAGGUGUGAUGAAAUUUGCCUUAUGGUGCAGCCUCUAUUGAUGUGGCACUCCAUAUUGGUGGUCACCACAGCAAAUGGUUUUCCAAAUCUGCUUUUUUAUAUGUCUGAAGGCAGAAAUAGAAAUAUGAUGGCCAAC